CAAUCUUCUUGUCAUUUUCAUUUCGGAAACGAAAAUGGUGCUCUUAUUGUUGUAUUACAAGAACUAAACAGUGUUUAUUGUAUUUAGUUAUUACAAUGAAUAUUAUUGUAGUGUUAAUAUAGAUGUGUUUAAUUCUGGUUUUUUUAAAUAGUUUAAUAAACAGGAAUUAAGAUUAUUGUAAAUUAGCUCAGAAUGCAAGGUGAUGAUCCCCCAUUUUUACCAGUGGGUACUGAUGUGAGUGCCAAAUAUAAAGGAGCAUUCUGUGAGGCCAAGAUUAAGAAAGUUGUUCGUAACAUUAAAUGUAAGGUGACAUUAAAAGCAGGUGGUAUAACAACAGUGAAUGAUGAUGUCAUCAAGGGUACUUUAAGGGUGGGCAGCACAGUGGAGGUAAAACAGGACCCUAAAAAAGAAGCAAUGGAAGCUGUUAUUACAAAGAUACAGGACUGUAGCCAGUACACUGUUGUGUUUGACGAUGGCGACAUAACUACAUUACGACGUUCCGCAUUAUGCUUGAAAAGUGGGCGACAUUUUAAUGAAAGUGAAACAUUAGAUCAAUUACCAUUAACACAUCCAGAGCAUUUUUCAACACCAGUUAUAGCUGGCAGAAGAGGACGUAGAGGAAGGGCACAAUCCGAAGAAAGUGAGGGCGAAGGAACCACUCGCCGCAUGAAAGCAGACAGCGCGGAACGUGAGCCUCACGUCGGACGUGUGGUGCUAGUAGAAGCGGCAAGCGGUGCGGAACGACGCAGGCCUCAUCAGCCCGCCUUCCCUGCACUAGUAGUAGCACCAACUGCACAGAUCAAAGUUAAAGAAGACUAUCUUGUGAGAUCCUUCAAAGAUGGCAGAUAUUACACAGUCCCUAAGAAGGAGGCGCGUGAGUUCCGGAAAGGCUCUGCGCCACUGGAAUGGUCGGGCGUGGAGGCGGCGCUGCAGUACCUCAACCACGCCGUACUGCCGCCGCACUGGGACCGCGACGCGCUCUUCAACGAGCCGCGCAAUACCUCCGACGACAGUUCUGAUGAUGAACCGCGUGAAGAAAAGGACCAUUUUGUGGCACAACUGUACAAGUUUAUGGACGAUCGAGGCACUCCACUCAAUCGUAACCCAACCAUCGCCAACAGAGACAUUGAUUUGUAUCGGCUGUUUAGAGUUGUUCAAAAAUUAGGUGGUUACAAUAGAGUAACAAACCAAAAUCAAUGGAAGACAAUAGCAGAUAAAAUGGGAUUCCACCCUGUCACAACAAGUAUCACCAAUCUGUGCAAACAGGCUUACAAAAAAUUCCUGCACAGCUUCGAGGACUUCUACCGCAAGCUGGGCGUGACGCUGGUGGCGCACCCGCGCGGCGCGCGCACGCCGCCCGCCGGCCGCUCGCUCAUCCGCGACCGCGACAAGCUGCCGCCCGCCGCCGGCGCCGCCGCCUCGCCCGCGCCGCCCGCCGCGCCCUGCACGCCCACCCCGCCCGCGCCGCGUUUAAAAGACAAAGAUUCUGAUAAGAGUGAAACAGAAAAGAGCGAUAAGAGUGAAAAGGAAGAAAAAAUAGAGAAGAUAGAGAAAAAAGAGAAGCCGCGCGCGAGCGACGAGGAUGACAGCGCUGACAACCAGCCCCUCAUUAUUACCACUCCAAAAGUUGACAAAGAGAAGGAGAAAGAUAAGGAAAAGGAAAAAGAAAAGGAGAAGGAGAAGGAAAAGGAAAAAGAAAAGGAGAAGGAGAAAGAAAAAGAAAAGGAAAAAGAAAGGGAUAAAGACAAGAGCUCAACCACGAGUGAAGAAAAAGGAGUCAUCAAGCCGCGCUCACAGUCCAAAACUCGUAGCUUGCCUCCUGUUAAGAUGGAGUCCCAUGAGAAGCGCACACCUAAGAGAAAAACUUUGUCUUCUAAAUUAAGUGAAGGUUCGAGCAGCAUCAGGCGCCCGUCGCGUCGGCCCAACGUCUCCACCGACAGUGACAGUUCUGGGCGAGCAUCGAGGUGUGGACUAACAAAGAAAAUGCAAAGCCGUAGAAGUCAAAGCGCCAAUUCUGCGAGUAGCGGCAACACCAUCGCAUCGAACAGUAGCAAGAGACCUCGGAAAAGAAAGACUACAGAGCCGUCGAUGAAUGAAUCGACACGUUCCGGAGGAGCCAAUGUGGAAGCUCAAGUAGGCGAUAAGUUAAAGGUGUACUACGGACCCACACAAUCAGAGUCAAAGGUGACGUACGAGGCGAAGGUGAUCGAGGUGUCGGCGGACGGGCUGCGCGUGCACUACACGGGCUGGAACACGCGCUACGACGAGUGGAUCAAGCCCGAGCGCAUCGCGCUCAACGUCACGCAGCACGAGGCGCGCAACAAGAAGAUGACGAAUUUAAAUAGACGAGUCAGGAGCAAAAGAACAGAAGUGCUGAUUUCAGAGUCUUCAGCCCGAUCCGACACCGAUAGUGACUCUGAUAGUGACACAAGUGUUAAAAGACCACCUAAAAAGUCCGAUGAUAAAUCAAAUGUUAAAAAUCCAUCUAGAUCGAAAGAUCAAAAGUCAAGUGACAGCAGCAGCUCGAGUAAACCAAGAAAACGACCAGUAAGGACUGUAUCUACACCGUUAGCGACUUCUCCAGCUAAGAAGCCUCGCACAGCUGUCAGUGGACAUCAGCAUCAAGGCCGCGAUUACGACCUAAAUGAAAUUAGAUCAGAACUCAAAGGAUUACAUUCAGUAAAACAAGAAGCAGAUGAAACUAUUAAAACAGAAAUUACGCAAAAAGACGCUAUUAUGAGUCCUGCACUUUCCACUAGCCAACCAUCUGAACCCUCACGACCUGAUAAACAACCAGAGGAUGUCUAUGAAUUUAAAGAGCCAGAACCCUUUGAGUUGGAACUGCAUGACGAAAAAAAGAAAAGAACUCAUCGUAUAUUCGAUGACAUUUCUCCAAGCAAGUAUACGUCAACCUUAUCCAAAUCAUUAAGCGAAGAAAUAUCUGAAGAUCCAUUAAGACCACGACCAUCCUCUUUUAGAUCUCCAUCUCUUUCGCCGUUCAGGGAUUUUGGGUCAACUCGAGAUAUACCAGGUAGACAAAGUCCUGAAGAUGACUCUAAAGACGGGCUGUUCUCUCUCGAUGACGACUCCCUUCCGGGUGAAGGCAGUUCUGGGCCAAUAUUCGAAGGAUUUACACCAGCUAAAAAUCAAGAGACAUAUUCGAAAAAAAGUAAGGUUUCGAAACUUCGACAGCUAAUAGACGAUUCACCGGAUAGUCCAGCUGAUGAUGAACAAUCAUCUGAAGAUGAGCCCGAGGAAGUAAUAAAAGAGGAGAAAAGGGAACCAAGUCCAAUUUUGCAAGCUAUAGAAAAAGAAAAAUCUCCAGAACCAGUAAAAGAAGAACCAAAAAAUCCUGAUUUGACUAAAGAAGUUAAUGAUGCAAUAGCUAUUCUCAAAGAAAUACCUCCCUUGGAAUCCAUACCGGAACCUCCUUCCACUCCUCCUCCAAAGAUAAAAUCAGAACCUCCCAUUUUAAUUCCUCCUGUGGCUACCGUCACCACCAAAGAUAUUGAAGUAGAAAAGGAUGAGCAAAUUAUUAAAGACGAGAAAAUAGUUCAGUGCGAAAUUAAUGAAAAAGCAAUUCAAGAAAACAUUAUGGCUAUUCCGCUUCCAAAUGUAGAACCCAAAGAUAAAGAGCCUCCAAAAAUAAGAAUCGAAAAAUUAGACCCCGCUCCUGAUAUGACUAUAUCAAAAAUGGAGCCACCUUCUAGUCCUCUAAUCGAUACGGAAGAAGAUAAAUCAGAGCCCGACAGUCCCGCCCGAAUCGAUGUUUUACCUGAACCACCCCCUGCAUUUUUAUUACAAUCAGAGGGGCCAAAAAUUGCUGAAAAACUACUUAAAGCCAUCAAUAGUGCUAAGAGAUUGUCUAUGUCCCCGCCGCCCGUAGAAGAUCGGCCGGAAACGCCAAAGAAAGAUAUUAAGACUGAUGAUAAAUUGUCACCUACAACAGUGGAAAUAAAACGCCCUUCGAGUAUACCUGAACUACUGAAACCUUUGACUAAACUCGACCCCGUCCGACGUUAUAGUCCAGCCGAAGCUAUCGACUCCAUAUUUGGGGAACCUUCUAAUUUAACGGAUGUGAAACGUGAUAUAUCAGACGUUAAGAAAGUGAAACCUAAAGAACCAACGCCACCGAGGCUACAGAGCCCAUUAAAUAUAUUAGAAAGGAGAAAAAGUGUAGCUGAUUUGCCACUUAGUGCUCCCGGGAAAAACAAAGUUUUAAGCGAUACUAUACAGAAGCUAUCCAGUCAAAUCAAUCAGUCUGUAGUAGCGGCCAGCAUUCCCCUACCACCUUUCCCGCCGGAAGAUCGCAGCGAAUCGAGUGAUUCUGAUGAUUCCGACAGAAGGUUGAUAAUUGACAAAUUGGCCGUGGACGAGUGGGGCAGUGGGAGCGGUAACAGUGGAGGUAGCAGUAAUGGUACAACCGUGGCCGUCAUUGCUGGGAGGACUCAAACUGCCGCGGCGAGAGCUUUACAUGCCGGGAAAUCUCCGGGAGAAUGGAGCGCCGGGGAAUCGCUGCUCAUGCUCGAAGACGCUUGUAAGAAUGAACGAAAACACAGCGCCAACGUUGUGGUAGCGGGCGGGGUGCGCGUGAGCACUGCGGGCGCGGAGGACGACGGCUGCGUGUCGCUACUGCUGUGCGAGGAGACCAUCCCCGGCUCGCCGGCGCCCGACGCCGAGCCCGCGCCGCCCGCGCGCGCGCACCACCUGCCCUUCGCCUGCGCGCCGCAGCACGCGCACUCGCACUCGCACUCGCACUCGCACAACACGCAUAACCAUAAGACGGAGGAACGUCGCGGGUCAGCGGGGGCGGCAGAGGCGGGAGAGGGCCGCGCGGGGGGCGCGGGGGCGGCGGGCGGUGCGGGGGACGACGACUGGUCGCGUCGCCGCGCGCUGCUCGACAACACGCCGCCCACCACACCCGACAGCAGCCUCGACCUCUCGCCGCAUAGAGAGAGGCGAAUAUCAGAAAGAGACAGUCCUUCGGAUAGAAAGGAAGAUGAAGAAGACAAUCACGCACAAGAUGUUUGUGCCCUCGAUAUCGACAAGCCACAUGGCAGCGCCCGCUCGCGCAAGGCGUCGGAGUCGUCGGGCGCGGGCCGCACGCGCGCGCGCCGCGCCCGCCGCGACACCGACGAGCCGCACGCGCCGCACGCGCCCCACGCGCUCAAGUACAACUUCUACGUCGACCUCGACCCUUCCUGGGAUUGUCAAACUCGUAUAAAUGUGUUGACGUCGCGGCUGGCUGAUCUACGCAAAGCAUACCACUCUGUGAAGGCUGAACUGGCUGCCAUAGAUCGACGACGUAAAAAACUGCGACGCAAGGAACGAGAGGCUAUCAAAGCAGCCAAAGCUGCUUGUUCGUGAUGGAGAUUAAUGUAAAUCUGCGGGAUGCGGAUUUGAUCUCUGGUUAGAUCCAAUAUGGAUGAUCUGAGUUUAUUCGUUGUAGAAUAGACGUUAACAUUCGUUACGAAUAACGUUACAAACUGUAUAGUGUUGAAACAUGUACAAUAAAAACAUUAACAGCUAUUUAAAUUUAAAUACCAACAUUAAAUAUAAACAAGUGAAAGAACAAUUUUAUUAUAUUUAUAAAAAAAUAGUGAAG